GUAUAAACGCUCCACUAAAGAGCAAGAGUGUUUCGGUAUCGCUGCCCCGACUUUGCCCCGAGUUCCCGACCGAGCCCGCCCGCAGAUUGCGAGUUGACUCAACCCCGCUGCGGACACCGAGAUAACUUGAAUCGCCUUUCAUGAAGCAUCAUCACAUGUUCCUGUUCCUCUUCCAUUACUACUGAUUCUUUGGCCUUCAUUCACCGCCUGGAGUCGGUUUCACGUCCGGAAACAUACCGCAGUUAAUGGUCAACUCAGACCACCACGAGCCACCGUUCAGCUACUGCUCUCACUCCCGUGAGGAAGAUGUGGCCCCAACCUACUUGGAUUCGGGCGAAGUUAGCCCUAUGAUGCAUGAUUUAUACCCAGGAGUUCUAUCGUUUGACCCUUCAAGUCUCCGGUAUCCCGUGGAGGAACGGUUCGAUGGCAACCAACAUAUACCUCAUUCACACAAUGUUACAGAAAACUACGACUUCUUCGGGCAAUUAAGUCUAGAUUCAUCUAUAAUGGAGAAUGAUCCUCUACAUGAUUUUGUCCGUGCGGAUUGCAUUUCCCAUGAGUCCUUAUAUGAGUCCAGCUGUCCUGAAGCAUUGAGCAUGGCGUCUCGAGAUACAGGAGCUUUCAUAGGUGAGAGCGCUGUGGAUGCUCCUUCGGCGCUUGCAUCCGAUGCAGAGUACGAACAGGGUGGGCGCAAGCGCAAAUCUCAUUAUUUUCCCAGAGAGACAGUUCGCAUUCUGAGAGAUUGGCUUGACCAACGCCAGAAGCAUCCGCUUGCAACUAAAGAAGAGCGCGAAGAGCUUCUGCAGCGCACAGGAUUGACGCGGACUCAGUUACGCAACUGGCUUGCAAACUCCAGACGUCGGGGAAAGGCUCGAUCAUCUACCAUGCAACAGAAUGAGUCGUUACCAUCGGGUGCUGUUGACAUCCCGCAUCAAUCUGUGUCACAGAUGACACCUUUCGAGCGCUGGAGAUAUUCCCCACCUGAACAUGAGCCUGCUGCACCGAGCGACAUAGCUCAAGCGCUGUCGAACCUUCCACCCGGCUCUCACGCAGAACAAACGACAGGUUCAGUGAAUUCUACAGCACAUUCAUUAGAUUCCCGGACCAGCCAAGAUUCCCAUCCUGGGAAUUGGGAUAUUUUCCCAACACCAUCUGUUGGCAGCCACCAAACCAGUAGAUCCUCCAGCUCUAGUAUAUCGAUUGCAUCUGCCUUCUCCCAGCGCUCAUUACCGCGCUCUAGUUUGCCAGGUCAAAGCAACUACCGCCGUCAUCGCCGUCGCCGCCAGCAGCGAAGCAAGGCACCAGCUCUUGCUAACCAUCUAGCUCCACCUCACGCUCAAGGCCUUCGUCGCUUUCAGUGUACCUUCUGUACCGAUACUUUCAAGACUAAGUAUGACUGGCAGCGGCAUGAAAAGUCCCUUCAUUUAUCCCUAGAGGAGUGGACCUGUUCGCCCUUUGGUGUUAUUGUCUCUCUAGACGGCCACAACGUGUGCGCCUUGUGUCUGGCCAUUAACCCGGACCAGAAGCACCUAGAUCUCCAUAACUAUCAUCUAUGUCAUGAGAAGGGCCGACAGGAGCGAACCUUCUCCCGAAAAGAUCAUCUCCACCAACACCUACGACUAGUUCACAAUGUCAAAUUUGGAUCAUGGAUGGAGAGCUGGAAGACUAGCAUUAGUGAGAUACAAUCAAGAUGUGGUUUCUGUGACACGAAUCUCAACACUUGGACAGAGCGUGUAGAGCACCUUGCGACACAUUUCAGGGCUGGAAUGGACAUGCGCCAGUGGCAAGGAGAUUGGGGAUUUGAGACGGCCGUGCAAGGCUUGGUGGAAAAUGCUAUGCCACCAUAUCUAAUCGGUCAGGAGCGGUUAACGACAAAUCCUUAUAGUGCCAAGUCCGCCAAGGCGCUGGAGACAAGCUUUGAGGCCGACAGUCCCGCUGCCACAGGGGAGGAUCUCGUCGAGGACGUCAAUCACUGGCGUAUUCUGGAACGUGAACUUACAGAUUAUAUCAGAAGUCAACUGGAGAUUGGUGUUAUUCCUCCCGAUUCCACGUUACAAGAUAUGGCUCGCAUGAUCGUCUAUUCCUGUGACGAUCCGUGGAACCAAACCUGUGCGGAUAAUCCUGUAUGGCUGGGCAACUUGAAGCGAGGGGCUGGAGUCGAAGAUUUUCGGUCACGACAGUCGAUUAUGAAAACUACUGGCGAAAGUGGCAGUCUUGGCUAACGUCUUCGACGCAAUUCUGAGAAGGAUAUCAUUUAAGCACGGUCAUCUUACUGGCUACCCGAUCCACUAUAUUCCUAGAGCAUUGAAGCGAUCCCUCAUUACUCUUAGCGUCUUCGAAAAUUAAUACUUAAUAUUUUCUGG